AUGAGCUUAAACGACAUUCCUGCCGACUCCGCUGAGCAUCCUGUUGAUUCAGGCGGUGUUACUAUCGCCUUGGACGAGCCUGUUGUUGAUUCAGGCGGUGUUCCCAUUACCGUGGACGAGUCUGCUGUUGAUCCAGUUGAUGUUCCUGUCACCUUGGACGAGUCUGCUAUCGAUUCAGGCGGUGUUUCUAUCACCUUGAGCGAUUCUGCUAUCGAUUUAAACACACCUCCUAUUCUCACAGUCGUGUGCCCCAGCACCCCGAACAAUGCUGAGAGAAGACCGAAACGUUUAAAUGCGCUUCCUGGUGAUCUCUUCUCCAUGGUCUGCGACUCGAUGGAUUGGAAUUCACACCCCGAGCGUACUGGCCUCCUAUCACUGCGUCGGACAUGCCGUAACAGCUACGAAAAAUCAGAAUUCACCAUGUCGAGACUAUUUCCUUUGACUAUAACAUGGUUCAGCCUCGAGGCAAGCUCACUCGCUGUUUUUCUUAGCUUAUCAAGCAAACCUCGGUUUGCCAGAUACAUGGAGAUGGUAUAUAUCGUAUCUGAUCGCCCGUCAACCCACCCCAAAGAAUAUGAAGACGAGUAUAGCCCUGUGAGGACUGAGGAGGCAGCGCUUAUACUCGCCCAAUGCUUUCGCAACUUGCAAGGCACACUACGAUGGCUGAUGUAUUCCGAGGGGACAUCAAACUUCAUGGGACUUACGACAAUUCUCCGCGCACUACAGGUCUCUCAAUUUCCAAGAUCAUGA